AUGGCCAGCAAGCUGACCAACUUUGGCAAGACCCUGCUGCGUCGCCGGGCAUUGGACUGCUCUGGUGAAGAGACCCGAUUCGCUCGCUGCCUGUCCACCCUGGACCUCAUUGCCUUGGGGGUGGGCUCCACACUCGGCGCUGGUGUCUACGUCCUCGCUGGCGAGGUCGCCAGAGAAAAGGCCGGACCUGCUAUUGUCCUCUGCUUUCUCAUCGCCGCUCUGUCCUCCAUGUUGGCUGGCCUGUGCUACGCUGAAUUUGGCGCCCGUGUCCCCAAAACAGGCUCUGCGUACCUUUACAGCUAUGUGACGGUUGGAGAAAUCUGGGCCUUCAUCACAGGGUGGAACCUCAUCCUCUCCUAUGUGAUAGGUACAGCCAGUGUGGCCAGGGCAUGGAGCUCAACCUUUGACAGCUUGGUUGAGCAAAAGAUCUCUGACUUCUUCAAAGCCUCAAUGACAAUGAGGGUGCCUGGGAAUGUGUUGGCAGAGUACCCCGACCUGUUCGCUCUCAUCCUGGUCCUGCUGCUCACCGGACUUCUGGCCUUUGGUGUGAACGAGUCAGCGCUGGUGAAUAAGAUCUUCACAGGCAUCAAUCUGGUGGUUCUGGGCUUCGUUAUCAUCUCUGGCUUUGUAAAGGGAAACACGGCCAACUGGAACCUGACGAAGGAAGACUACUUCAGCUUCAUAAACGCCACCAACAGGAGUGGACCUGCGAAAGUCGAGGAGGAAUUUGGCACGGGCGGCUUUGCGCCGUUUGGCCUGGCUGGCGUCCUGUCUGGUGCUGCCACCUGCUUCUACGCCUUUGUGGGCUUUGACUGCAUCGCAACAACAAGUGAAGAAGCAAAGAACCCCAUGCGCUCCAUCCCUAUUGGCAUCGUCGCCUCUCUGCUGAUCUGUUUCUUCGCCUACUUCGGUGUGUCUGCCGCGCUCACCCUCAUGAUGCCGUACUACCAACUGAACACCCAGAGUCCUCUACCAGAGGCCUUCAGUUACGUCGGCUGGGCUCCCGCCAGAUACAUCGUGGCUGUGGGCUCUCUCUGCGCUCUGUCCACCAGUCUCCUAGGCUCUAUGUUCCCCAUGCCCCGCGUCAUCUACGCCAUGGCAGAGGACGGGCUGCUGUUCCGUAUGCUGUCCAGGAUGAACACUCGCACAAAGACUCCUCUCCUGGCUACCAUCGCUUCUGGUGUUGUUGCAGCUCUGAUGGCCUUCCUGUUCGACCUGGCAGCUCUGGUUGACCUCAUGUCCAUUGGAACUCUGUUGGCGUACUCUCUAGUGGCCAUCUGUGUUCUCAUCCUCAGGUACCAGCCAGGCUCUCUGAGUUCGUCCAGCCAGACGGAGAAGCUGGUGGAGCUGGUGGAAGGGGAGAAGGUGGCUGUAAGUGGAGGGGACAGCAGUGACGAGUACGGGAUGGAGACAGAGGAGAGGCCGCUCCAAGAGACCUUCACCGUCAAGCUGCUCUUCUGCCCCAGCGGAAAGACGCCAACGCAGACCUCUGGGCACAUUGUCUACGCCACCACUGCUAUUAUUUCGGUUUUUAUCACCGUACUGUGCAUUCUCCUGGCCAACUGUCUCCCAGAGCUGCUGGCCGGGCAUGCAUCUAUUGUGGCGCCCUGUGUCAUCUUGAGUCUGCUCUGUGCCGUCUGUGUCAUCAUCAUCUGGAGGCAGCCUGAGAGCAAAGAGGCGCUCACCUUCAAGGUCCCUCUGCUUCCCUGGUUGCCCCUGUUCAGUGUUUUCGUCAACAUCUACCUCAUGAUGCAGCUGGACGUGGGUACAUGGUGCCGCUUUGCCGUCUGGAUGCUUAUCGGUUUCGCCAUCUACUUCUUUUAUGGUAUCAGGAACAGCAACGAAGCUGCCAAAAAGUCAUCUCCACGCAAAUACGAGCCCGCACUGCAGACCAAGACCCCCAUUUACAAAGGCGCCCCUGACGACAGUGAUGUGGAAGCAGGCAGCAGCCCCUGAUACAAACUGACGCAGACCUGGGGAGUGUUGCCAAAGCAUCUACACUUAUUUUGGCAGUCUGGUUGAACUGGCAGCCAAAUGCUGCGAUGUAGGCGGCUUGGAACGCAGCCCUGGGUUUAAAGGGAGGAGAGGCAAGAAAAUGCCACACACAUCUUACCUCUGACUUGGAGGCUGAUUAACUUGAUGGCUAGACACUGUGAGAGAGCCACUUUCUGGCCCGUGUGUCUGUUUCAAUCUGUCUGUCUGUACUUAGCCUUAGCCCUCUGGGAGAUAUUUAUCUGCCUAUAACACAUGCUUUGAAUGGACCUGACUAACAUAGAGUACUGCGGUGCUCCUCUUGAAGUUCUCUUUUCUGUUUUUUUUAAGCCGUUAACUGGAAGAAUGGUUUAACCGUUUUCUUCCUUGCUCCCUCUCCAUUAUUGGUGUGCUGUGGCUGCUUGUGGAGCCACCGGGCCAGUAGAAUAACUGCUAUCACUAAAAAACACGACUUGAGCCAGUGAGGUUACGAUUGUCAAGACGCUUGGAUCAGUGAGCUAGACUUCAAUAAGCAGCAGCCGCCAGAGCCUUCAGUAGAGCUAACGUGUCUAGUUUAUUGGUCCUUGUUUAUUGUACCUGUUUGUUUGUGUGUAAACAGGGUAGCGCUGAGGCUGUGUGGUUUACAGUCAGUCAGGGCCUCAGUGCAGUUAGGUCAGUAGCACAUAGACGACAUCAAUGUCAUCCACACUGUAGGGUUCAGUGUCUGAAGCUGUAGUUCUCGCUUUUAAAGGUCGCCCUCGUUGUUUCCCCUGCUCCCAGAAAAUAGCCAUACAGUUAGUGUGCACAGCAGCUUUUUAAAAUGGUAUGAAAUAGAGUGGUGCAGGAAUGAGAAAAGCAUUUUAGCACUCCCUGUUCUCAUCUCUGAGUCCAUGGGUUUUUGAUUACACCUUUGAAAUGUCUGUGGUUAACACAAGCUUAAAAGACAAUGUUGUGUUCUACGAUGUCAAAUAGGUCAGUAAAUACCCUACUCGUGAAUUUUGAAGCCUUUAGGUGUCUCAAAAAAGGCGGUCACAGGACGUCAUCACACAGAACAUGGCUGUCCUGCCUUGUUGUAUUGGCAGCAUCGAAGUCGUGCCAGUGGUGUUGUUUGUUAAUAGCCUAACGUUAGCUUUAUACUUCUUGUGACUGCAUUUAGGCUUCAAAAAUCGUCAAAGUGUUAUUCAUUCCUGAAGAUUAUCUUGCGGAACUAAACAUUUAUCAUAAAGUUCUGUUUGCCACAGAGAUUAUUAUCUACAAUAAUCCAAAAUUCAAUGGAAAAUCCCACAAGACAAUUCCUGUGUUGGCCAUCAUUUCUUCAGCACUCUAUUAGAUGCUUAUCGUAAAUUAUCCGUGUUUGUCUUGCAUAUUGACCGUGUUGAAAUGGUAUUUGUCGGCAUCUUGUGGCCUUUGUCUCAACCUUAUCCAGAUAACUAAAAUGCUUUUAAAACUUUUACCAGCUAAAGGGGUGAAAAAUUUAUUUUCGAGCUGUGAAGGGCGUUGGAAUCCAGAAAUUUAAGUAAAAACUGCACAGCAAAGCAGGAGUCAUGAAAUUUAAUAUGCUAUGCUUUGUUAUUUUAAACAUACUUUCAUACACUGAAUUGCCCAUAUUUGGUUGGAUAUGAUUUUUCCUCCAAAACAACAUGAGUAUGUAAAUAUCUGAAUGCAUUUUAAAUCAUCAAACUAAUUGAUUUAUUAAUCCCAGAUCUCAUCUACAUACUUAUACCUUUCUGCUUCAUGUGCUUUGCACUUAAUGUGAUUAACAAGCGUGUUACCCCCUGACAGUCAUUUAAAAUUUCAGUUACUACAAUAUCUGUCCACCUCUGACUGAUCUGGGAGCUGCAGGAUCUGUUUCUGAACAAGGGGCCUGUCUUUCAUUGCUACUAAAAUAUUGUAUUCACCUUUUUUGUUUUUACCUCCUUGUGAAAAGACUCACUAAGGUUCUUCUUUAGUUUCAAUUGAAACUUGUUCUCGGCAGCUUUGUCUGUUGAGUUCCAUCACCUUUUAUUUUAUUCAACUGUAUUUUAUUUCUACUACUUUUAUUACUUCUUCUGAUAGAACUGUUAAUAUUCAAAUAUUUAUAGUUUUGUUUGUUCGGGGUAGCUUUCUCUUUUCGUAUCAAUCAUUUUAAAACGCUUUGUAGAUGUUAAUGUAUUUUAAUUGUUACAUGUACAGUUUUUAGUGUGCUGAUCUUAUUUGGUCUUCUUCCACUAUGUUUUUUUUUGUUUGUUUUUCCUUUUGUUGCAAAUGUCACCAGUUAAUCUAAUCAUAAUCCUUUCUGACCAAAUGAACAUAUUUUUGAAAACUGAGCUUUUCAAAACAGAAUGACCACUAAAAGUUGGUCUCUAAAUUGUGUAAUAUAAAAAAGCUGUUUACCCCAACCCUCUGGAGUCGAUAUAACUUAUUGUUAAUAGUAUAUUUUUGUUGUUUUAGUAAAGUGCUUUACUGUAGAAUGUACAGUAUUUGUUUAAAACUGUAUCUUUAUUUGUAUAAUGCUGUAAAUUAUACAAAUUUUAACAUAUGACCUUGAGUAUAAUUUGGUAAGAGAUGUUUUUUGUUUGUAAAUUACACUUGAAGGCAUUUCAUUUGACACUUAAUGCUGCUGAAAUCCAAUUUAUACAAAUCCAAGUCACCUUUUUUAAGAUAAAAAGGUCCAGGUGGAUGCAAUAUUGAAGCAUUUCUGUAGAUGCCGUCGCUAAACAUCUUCAGUAUUCGCUUAGAAAAUGCUCCCUCCUGUCAGACAUGUCAGAACUUGACAUAUCUCCCGCAAAGUUUGCGGAGAAGGAGUGUUCAGUGAAGGUAGAUCUGGAUUCAGCCAGUGUUUUUAGAUCAUGUGAAUCAAUAAACUGGUGCCUUCUGCCUGAGAAAGACACUGGGGCUGUGAAACAAAGAGUCCAGCUGUACGUCGGACUACUUUCUGAUUUUCACUGGAGAUUUGAACGCUGCCUGGCAAUGAUGGUGACAUCAUUAAAAGGUUAUGUGGCUGUGACUCGGGUCACACAGAGCUCUUCACACUCAGCCCUUGUGCCUUUCAAAAAUCAAUACUAUCAUCUCCCCUCCUCGAUGCUAACUCAUUAACAGCAAUGAUCUAUUUUUGUCUUUGUUUUAUAUCCUGUACAUAUGGCUGUCAUGUAUAAAACGAGCUGUAUUUUCAAUGUUUUUUUUUAAAUAAAACAAUAAUUCAUGCUUA